AAGGCUUAGAGAGGGAAUGAAAAGCAGAGAGAGAGUCAGCAAAGACGACAAGAGACCGGCAGCCUGACUGAGGAGAAAAAAGAGUGCGAGAGUGCGAGAGGGAGAGAGAGAGCGACUUACCAAAUAGCUAGCGCUCUCAAUGUCAGCUUCAUUCUACCCACGGACAACUGCUGUGUUCAAGCCAGAGAAGAGAGUUUUCACACGAGACAGAGGAGAAGAGGCAGAGCUCUGCUGAGACCAGAAGAGAGGAGAAGAGAAGAGAGCAAACCAUGGACUCAGAUUCUGGGGAGCUGAGUGAAGGAGAGCUUUCACCAGGGCCAGAAACCUUCAACUCCAAGAAUUUGGCUCUUCAAGCCCAGAAGAAGAUCCUGAGCAAGAUGGCUACCAUGGCAGUGGCCAACCUACUGACCGACGACACCAGCAGUGAGAUCCUCGAUGAGUUGUACAAGGCCAGCCGUGAAUACACCAAGAGCAAGAAAGAGGCCCACAAGAUCAUUAAGGACGUCAUCAAGAUUGCACUAAAGAUCGGCAUCCUCUACCGCAACCACCAGUUCAGCCCGGAGGAGCUUGAGACGGUCGAGCGCUUCAAGAAGAAGAUGAACCAGGCAGCCAUGACGGUGGUGAGCUUCUAUGAGGUGGAGUACACGUUUGACCGCGGCAUCCUCUCCGAGCUGCUGCUGGAGUGUAGGGACCUUCUCCACGAACUAGUGGAGCACCACCUGACAACACGCUCACACGGCCGCAUCGACCACGUCUUCAACCACUUUGCCGAUGUGGAGUUUCUCGCCGAGCUGUAUGGCUCCAACGAGGACUAUAGACUUUACCUGAGGAAGAUUUGCGAUGGGAUAAACAAACUCCUGGACGAGGGGGUGCUUUAGCCAGCUCCUGCACCCCCUCCCCCCGGCUUCCUCACUUUCUUUCUCUGUCAUCUCCUCCUUUCUUGCUCGCUGUUUAUUGCCCACACUCCUUUUCUACCAAGUCACCAUAGUAAUGGAUUGUAUUUUCUUUUUGUUCUUUUUUUUCCAGUGGGAGAGACAGAGUAUCACAAUGCCUUGAUGUGGUUGUAUCCAAACCUCUGUGUGCGUGUGUAUAUCACUGUAGGGGCUCCUGUGUUCUUCAUGUGCACUGUGCAAUGUCAUCUGCUACCAGUCCUUCAAGAGGAGCACAGCAAUGUAAAACUGGCUACAGUGCGUGCAUUUGUGUCAGUGUGUGUGCGCGCACUCACAGGUGUGAGCUCUGAAAAAAUAAAACGUCUGAUUUGAAAAGCCUAUCCUGCAUAAUGAGCAUCACUGAACCCACUGUUCCACACGCUUUCAGAGCAAAUAUGACUAACACCUUGGCUGAACAAAGCGCAAACCAAAAAUAAAUAACAAUAACAACAAUAAUUACGGUGUACCAUACAGGUUUGAAAUAUAUUCUGGGGGCCUCCAUGUUCUCUUGCUGGACAUGCCACCCCGCCCACACACACACACACACACACACACACACUCACAGAGCCCUUUUUACUGGGGGAUUGGGGGAUUCACAAACACUGCUCCACAUGAUUCCACACCCGUUCACCUGGAGCAUGUGUGGGUGUUAAGUGUGUGUGAAUGUCUUCUUGACAAGCUCCCAAUCAUAAGCCCGGUGUGCACUUGCAAAGCUGCAAUCUCUUUAAUUAAACUUUCCUUUUGAACUCACACUAGUAUCCUUUUGUCAUUAGACAUCAUUUCAAUUACACUAAUUAGCCAGCUAGGUUACUGCCUGUGUCAUGCAGAGUUAGCGCAGUGAUGGCCAAAAUAAAUAGUGAGUGAUCUGGUCUCUGACCAGUGCCAGCUAGCUGUAAUUUCCCAGUUAGGUUUCUUGGGUAACACUGCUGUCUUAUUAAAAAGACAGCUAUGCUGGGAAGAUGCAGCAAAUCCAACAUCCUCUGAUCCAACAUUGUCCAGCAAACAAAAACCACUCUAGUGCGCCCAGCUAUCUCUCUAGAGUGUUGGAAAAAGAACAUCGCAUUCUGCUUUUGGCUUUAGUCAACCUCAAUGUGCCUAGAAAAGUCCAAAUGUGUCCUGAUGUGUUCUGAUCGGUAAUACCACAUUAGAAACAAAGUUCUUUUUCUGUUCCAUUUGAUACACACCACGACAGAUAGAGCUGUUACAUCAUAAAACCAGUUGUUUCAUUAAAAGGCUUUGUUCAAAAAGACAUGCAUUCCAUCCAAAAUUGUAUAGACUAAAUUUAGACCAAAUUACUAAAUAGGCUGAGUGAGGGCAGUGCAUAUGAGUCCAAUGUUAUCCACAAGCAGUUUGAGCUAUAUAGCUCGGGUGUCAGGAUGUAUGUUUCUUGCCUAAGAUGAAAACUGCAUCUUUGGGUCACAUAUUAUCAUUGCCUUUACUGAUGAUAAAAUAUGAGAGAAAAUGCUACAGAUAAAGUUCAGCAGGGGAAAGACUCCAGCUGACACACACACACACACACACACACACACACACACACACACAC